AUGAUGAAGUAUUUCGGCUGGUCCAGGAUAGCUACCUUAGCCUACCAGGAUGAGUACAAUGUUCCGGCGUAUAAGCAGGGAUUGUACGGACCAAGCUAUGUCUGGAUUCUCUUUGGCACUAUCCUGCAGACCUAUGCCAAUGGUUGGAUGAAGGCCACCAAAGAUUGUACACUGGAGCAGAUCAAGACGGCAGCUAACGGUCAUUUUUCAUUGCACAACCUUAAUGUUGGCUAUUCCAACGAAACAACUAUUUCCGGAAAGACGGCUUCGGAGGAAAUGUCAUUUUUGGAGACCUUGAUUGCCUCAACCCCUUAUAAAUUGUCCUCUUCAUCUGCGUAUGUUACGGACACUGCCUGGUCCUUGGCUUUAGGUAUAAACAACAGUCUCAAGUAUCUGGAAGAGAAGGGCCUGAGUCUCUCCAACUACAACUACUCGGAAGACUUCUCUCAAGCAAUCAUAAAAGGGAUACAGGAAACAUCGUUUGUAGGAGUGAGUGUCGCUGAACGCGAGACCAUCGUUGCCUACUAUGACUUAAACGAUGACACACUUACAUGGGUAGUUGAUGAGGCCUCGAUAUGGACAGACGGGCGAGCUCCGCGGGACAGUUUCACAUACCUAACCUUUCUGGUGCCACCAAGCUACGCUGCAGCAAUUGUCAUCAACAUAUUGAACACGUUCGGCUGUAUUUCAACCCUGGCCUUUCUUGUUUACAACACAGUUUACAGGAAUAACUGGAGUAUAAAGAUGUCCAGUCCGUAUGUGAACAAUGUGAUAAUCGUCGGUUGUUUGAUGAUGUACUCUGAAGUAUAUCUCGACUCCAUGGACUACAUGCACGUGACGCAACCGGGCAGCGGGGGCUCAGUGUGUAUGGAUAGCGUAGAUAAGAACCUCAUUUUGCAAGAGAUCAUCACCUACUGUGACAGCGAAAAGAAAAUGCAUUGGCUGGUCACGCUCUAUGUGUACAAGGGCAUUUUAUUGGCCUUCGGUACAUUCAUUACCUGGGAGACAAGGCACGUGACAGUACCGGAAUUGAAUGAUUCCAAGUACAUAGGCGCUUGUAUAUACAAUGUUGUUGUCGUCUGCGUCUUUGGAGUUCCUCUUGCUCAUGUUCUACCAAUCGAGCAGAAGACGGUUAACUUUGUCCUGGAAUCGUGCUUGCUCAUAUUCUGUACCACGAUAUGUGCCUGCAUUAUAUUCGUUCCAAAGAUCAAGAACAGAAAUAAAGUUCAAAGCAGUUUCCUCCAUGUCAACCCGAGCACUUCAAAUGAGAGGCUGCCAGGCAAACAGAUAUCCAACAUAACAGAGAUGCCACCAACGACAUCACAGACGAAAGAAAAUACCAAUGUGGCCACAACAGAUGACAUGAAAAGCGAAAUCAAAGAUCUUAGACACCAGUUAACAAUGGAAAGCAUUGCUUUGGCCAAGUUAAGGAAGUCCCUUCUGGUAGAAACCGGCAACUUGCACUUCUACAAGUCUCACAAUGAGUAUGUCGUGUUCAAAAGUGGAUGUUCCGUCAAUGAGGACAGCAAAGCAACCGUCGCAGAGGUUAACAUAAACUCUCUUUGUUGA